AUGAGUGACGAUGAUUCUAUGCUGUUAAACUUUUCCACGAAUGACGAUGCUGCCGGAAAUUCGUACAAGCAAGCUGCCAAGGUGACAGGUGGUAGAUGGAAGGAUAGACGGAGAAUGAAAAUGAAGCUAGAGGGCAAGACAGGUUCGAGAAAGAGAAGAGCGGAUGUUGCUGGAGACCAAAUACCAGGGUCAGAAAGAGGCGGCGAUUCCGGUAAAAAAGUGCAUAGAGAUAAUGCUGACGGUCCUGCUGAGCAGGAAGGACCUAAAGGUAGAAAUGCCCACAACACCCAAGGAAGGAUACUACCAGCCGAUUCUCAGUUUGUCUCGUCCUUGUUUACGUCCAAUAGAGAGAUAACGACUGCCGUGAACACCAACAUACAUGACGAAAGUGUUGCCAUCAAUCCAUCCAACGCGCCAUUGAAAACUGACCUGUUUGCGUCCCUAGGUGUUUCUGAUGUCCUGGUUUCUCACCUGGAGCAAAAAAUGCGUAUUCAAAAGCCUACUAGUAUUCAGAAGCAGGCCAUCCCUCAAGUGAUAGCCAAUGCGGGGAAGAACGAUUUUUUCAUUCACGCUCAAACUGGUUCAGGUAAGACUCUAUCUUACCUAUUACCCAUAAUAUCCACUAUUUUGAACAUGGAAACCCGUGUCGAUCGUUCCUCCGGUGCGUUUGCUCUGAUUGUGGCUCCUACACGUGAAUUGGCUUCGCAAAUAUACCAGGUCUGUUCCACUUUGAUUUCAUGUUGCCAUUAUUUGGUUCCAUGCCUAUUGAUUGGUGGUGAACGUAAAAAGUCGGAAAAGGCUAGAUUGCGUAAGGGCUGUAAUUUCAUCAUCGGUACUCCGGGUCGUAUUUUAGAUCAUUUGCAAAAUACAAAGGUCAUCAAGGAGCAAUUGAGCCAAUCUUUGAGGUAUAUUGUACUGGAUGAAGGUGAUAAGUUGAUGGAAUUGGGGUUCGAUGAAACAAUUAGCGAAAUCAUCAAGAUCGUCCAUGAUAUUCCUAUCAACUCCGACAAGUUCCCCAAGUUACCCCAUAAGUUGGUCCACAUGCUAUGUAGUGCCACACUAACCGACGGUGUUAAUAAGUUAAGAAACGUGGCCUUGAAGGACUACAAAUUGAUUAGUAAUGGUACGAAGAAGGACGCCGACGCUGUAACGGUGGCACCCGACCAACUUUUACAAAGGAUUACUAUUGUUCCACCCAAGUUACGUCUUGUCACAUUGGCUGCUACCUUAAACAACAUUACCAAGGAUUUUGUCGCCACUGACCCACAAUCCAAAACAUUGCGUACAAUCGUAUUCGUGACGUGUUCGGACAGUGUAGAAUUUYAUUAUGAUGCAUUUUCCGGGAGUAAUGGUCAUCACAAAAACCUAAUAGGUGAUUCUGUAAGAGUGCUCACAAAGGGGAACACCAUAUUUCCUUGUUUUUCAAAUUCUGAGGAUCCCAACAUGGUGAUUUAUAAACUGCAUGGUUCCUUGUCUCAACAAAUAAGAAGUUCCACUUUACAACAUUUUGCUCGUGAUAAUGAGGUCACUAAAGGAAAGCAUUUGAUCAUGUUUUGUACAGAUGUGGCAAGUAGAGGUUUGGAUCUUCCUCAAGUCGGGUCUGUUAUUGAAUUGGACCCUCCGUUUGCUGUUGAGGACCAUUUGCAUAGAGUGGGUCGUACCGCGCGUGCUGGUGAGAAGGGUGAAAGUUUGUUGUUUUUACUUCCUGGUGAAGAAGAAAAAUACAUGGACUACAUUCAACCAUACCAUCCCAUGGGUUGGGAAUUAUUGCAAUUCGAUAAAGAAAUAUUGACUCCGGCUUUCAAAGAUGUGAAUGUCAACAGAAAUGACAAAUAUAUUAAAAAAGAUGAUAAAUCGUCUAAGAAUAAGAACGGAGCUGAUAAAGAGUAUGAGUGGGACACUAAUGCCACCACAUGGCACUUGAAUAUAGAAAGACGUGUAGUGGGGGAUUCAACAUUUAAGAAUCUAGCAGUUAAAGGGUUCAUAAGUCAUGUGAGAGCUUACGCUACACAUAUAUCGCAAGAAAAGAAAUUCUUCAACGUUAAAUUUUUGCAUCUGGGUCAUUUGGCUAAGAGUUUUGGGCUGCGUGAAAGACCUAAGGCUAUGGGACUGCAGAGUAGUAAGGAUGGUGAGACUGAUAAGCCAACUAAGGAAAAUUCAAAGAAUAAAAUGUUCCGCAUGGCUCGUAUGGCAGAGAAGCAAAUAGCAAGUGAAUUCAAUUAUUAA